AUGACAACUGGAAAUACUCUAUCUGGGUCUCCUACUUCACCAACAGCACCAUGGGUUCAGCAGUCAAGUAGAGCUGGUACACCAACUAGUGUUUAUUCAAUUACCAAUUCCCCUGUAUUAGGAGCCCCGUCUUCCCCGACAAUAUCAACAUCUUCCAGUCCGCAAGUAGCUACACCCCCUAGGAGCACUAGCCCAUCGAUAUCUCCCAUAUCGUCAAAUAGUUCGUCGCAUUCCAGUCUCCCUAGCGCUCACAACCAAACGAUACCACCUAAGACUCCAAAUUCCGUUCUUUCGAAAUGGGGAAUUGGACGGGAAACGCCAACGAUAAUCAUAUCCUGUUACCUACUCGCUCUCGCAACCGCCUUCCUUCAUUUGUUUUUAUUCAUCUACAUUUCAGGUAAAGCAGCCGACGGAGAAGACAGAGUUGCUCCUCAGACGUAUAUCUCCACGGCUUCUAAUAUUCUAGCCAAUGCUUUCUCAUUCUUUCUCAAGACGGCCUUGGGCACAUCUUUUGUUCAGUAUCUAUGGCGUCUUCUGCGCGUUCAAAGCAUGAAGAUCUCCACGAUCGAUACUCUUUUCGGACUAAAGUCCAAUCCUUUUCAGAUGCUCACAGGGGCUGCUAUUCGUGCUGCUCCUGUUCUGUCUGUGUUGUCUAUAAUGAUGGCUAGUAUGACUGUUGCAGUCAGUUUCCCUCCUGGUGCUAUUAAUGUUAUUACAAUACAAAGGACAUCAUAUAAUUCGGUAGUGGUUCCAACAUCAAUGCAUCAUUUAGUAGUUUCUAGCGGUCUGUUGUCAGGAAAACACUCCAAUUUGCUUCCUCGCCUCGCUUUCCAAACAAUGAUCACAGGACAAGCAUUCGAUCAACCUUCACCCUGUGGCGUCAAUUGUUCCUUUGUGAUAGAAUUUGAGGGCCCAACGCUUGGCUGCAACUCAUCCAGCACCAAUAUCACAUCCAGUGUCACUGCCAACUCGACAACCUUACUUCCAGAAUUUACGAUCUACUCAGGAAAUUGGUCUGAUCUCACACUUGCUACGCCUGCACUUCGACAGAAACUUUACAACGGAACCUAUACGAAUGCACAUUGGCAAAGCAGCACAUUAUCCCUGUUAGAUACAGAAGUAAACACCGUUGAUGCCAAUAACAUCAAUGAAACCUUGACCUUAAACACAUCUAUGAUACAAGACAAUCUUUACUGUACCCCUGGCCGCGCACUCUACACUGUAAACAACACCUAUAUCUCGAACGUUCUCAUGCGCAACGUCACCACCACCUUCAUUUCGCCGCUAACAAAUCUCGUACUGCACACCCACGACAAUGCCGUCAUCGUGCCCGGAUUCACCAACGUCUCUGGAAUUAUUAGCGGAUACGAUUUUGGCAGCAACCCCGCAAAUUGGAGCGCUGAAGCUCUGGCCUAUUAUCGCGAUUUGAAUAUGAUGACAAUUUUGGAUACUAUGUUUUACUACCUCGCUGGGGAAUUUACAGCGCUGCCGGCUGUUCUCCUAGAUACUGAUGAGGAAAGGGCGGUAGAUGCCAUUGAUGCCACGGGAUGGGGGGAAGAUUCGCCAGGUUUUGGGAAUGCUGAUGAUUGGAGUUCUGGAGCUCUCAACGGCACAAUCAUCUCCCGCACUCCUCUAAAUACAGCUUUUACACAUUACACCACCAACUCCUCCGCAAACCCCUCCUUCGUCGUCACACAAAACGCACUCAACGCACUCCUUCAAAACAUCACCCUCAGCGCCUCCCUCUCUUACUCCCUGUGGUCCACCCCCACCAACACCAGCAUGCUCACUCUCCACAACAUCUAUUCCUUCUCGCAACCCCUCAACCUCCUCCUCCCCUACUUCCUCUCCCUUCUUCUCUCCCUCCCAUUCCUCAUUCUCGGUCUCUGGGCCCUCGUUCAAAACGGCGUCGCAGCCCAAGACGCAAACUUUACACAACUUCUCUGCACCACGUCCUCCCUCUCCGCACCACCCCCGACACCCGGAUUAUCAAAUAGAAUCUCCAGCAUGGCUAUCCCAUCGCAGCUUCGAACUCUUACCCAAGCGGCCUGUCUGGGAAACACAGAAUCACUAUCGAAACCUCUCAAGGAGUUGCGCAUUCGUUAUGGCGAGCUGAAGAAUCCGAAUGGAAAUUCAGGAAUGGGAAAUAACAUUCCGAUGGUGGAUAUCAGGAGAGCCGGCUUUGGGCUUGAGAGCGAGGUCGAGCGUUGGUGA